AUGCCGUCUACAGCUAGAGAGUUUGGCUUUUGGAAAAUAAAUUAUUUGCCUCUGUCCACCCAGACCCCUCUUCUGAAAAUUCUACUGGCCAGGAGACCACCCUCGGAAGAACCCCCGCCCCCCGACAAUGCAUGCACGACAUCCAUGUUUGCAUGGCUUUGUCCUGCUUUUUCCAGGGUCUUUGCCCUCUUUCCUCUCACUUCAAAGCCUGUGUCAUUCCUUUGUCAGAGCCACAAGCAACCUGCCGCCUUCGUGGUCACCCAGCACCCUCUACCCAACACCGUGGCAGACUUCUGGAGGCUGGUGUUUGAUUACAACUGCUCCUCUGUGGUGAUGCUGAAUGAGAUGGACACUGCCCAGUUCUGUAUGCAGUACUGGCCUGAGAAGACCUCCGGGUGCUACGGGCCCAUCCAGGUGGAGUUCGUCUCCGCAGACAUCGACGAGGACAUCAUCCACAGAAUAUUCCGCAUCUGUAACAUGGCCCGGCCACAGGACGGUUAUCGUAUAGUCCAGCACCUCCAGUACAUUGGCUGGCCUGCCUACCGGGACACGCCCCCCUCCAAGCGCUCUCUGCUCAAAGUGGUCCGACGACUGGAGAAGUGGCAGGAGCAGUAUGACGGGAGGGAGGGACGCACUGUGGUCCACUGCCUAAACGGGGGAGGCCGUAGUGGAACCUUCUGUGCCAUCUGCAGUGUGUGUGAGAUGAUCCAGCAGCAAAACAUCAUUGACGUGUUCCACAUCGUGAAAACACUGCGUAACAACAAAUCCAACAUGGUGGAGACCCUGGAACAGUAUAAAUUUGUAUACGAGGUGGCACUGGAAUACUUAAGCUCCUUUUAGCUCAAUGGGAUGGGGAACCUGCCGGAGUCCAGAGGCUGCUGUGACCAAGCCCCCUUUUGUGUGAAUGGCAGUAACUGGGCUCAGGGGCUCCGAGGUGGUGGCACCCUGCCUGACUCCAAGGAGAAGACUGGUGGCCCUGUGUUCCACGGGGGGCUCUGCACCUUCUGAGGGGUCUCCUGUUGCUGUGGGAGAUGCUGCUCCAAAAGGCCCAGGCUUCCUUUUCAACCUAACCAGCCACAGCCACGGGCCCAAGCAGAAGUGCACCCACAAGCAAGGCCUUGGAUUUCUGGCUCCCAGACCUCCUGCUUUUGUUCUGAGUUUGUGGAUCUUGUGGCAAGCCGACUGUGCAGGUGCUGGGGAAUGGGAAGCUCCCCUGCCUUCCUUCUCCUUGGGAGUGGAGGAGAUGUGUGUUCUGCUCCUCCAUGUCAUGGAAAAGAUUGGGGCUCUUGGGGGUCACUGCUCUGCUGCCCCCUGCAACCUCCUUCAGGGGCCUCUGGCACCAGACAUUUGCAGUCUGGACCAGUGUGACCUUACAAUGUUCCCUAAGUCACGAGAGAGGCCUCCAUCCUCACACCUAACCUGCAUGGGGCUUGGCCCACAACCAUUCUGUACCCCUUCCCCAGCCUGGGCCUUGACUGUCCAGCAUUCACUGGCCGGCCAGCUGUGUCCACAGCACUCUUUGAUAAAGGUGUUCUUUGCUUUUUUGUGUGGUCAGUGGGAGAGGGUGGAACUGCAGGGAACUUCUCUGCUCCUCCUUGUCUUUGUAAAAAGGGACCACCUCCCUGGGGCAGGGCUCAGGCUGACCUGUAGGAUGUAACCUGUGUGUCUCUUUGGUGGUAGCUUUCUUUGGAAGAGACAAACAAGAUCUGAUUAUUUUCCAAAGUGUAUGUGAAAAGAAACUUUCUUUUGAGGGGUGUAAAAUCUUAGUCUCUUAUGUCAAAAAGAAGGGGGCAGGGGAGUUUCAGUGUGUACCUCUAAGACAAAUCUCUCGGGCCUUUUAUUUUUUCCUGGCAAUGUCCUUAAAAGCUCCCACCCUGGGACAGCAUGCCACUGAGCAAGGGAGAGAUGGGCGAGCCUGAAGAUGGUCCCUUUGGUUUCUGGGGCAGAUAGAGCACCAGCUUUGGGCAUAAUUUGGCUCUCCAAAUUUGAACUCCUUCCUAAAGAAACCCAGCAGCCACCUUGAAAAAGGCCAUUGUGGAGCCCAUUAUACUUUGAUUUAAAAUAGGUCAAGAGAAUCAGGCCCGGAGAUCUAGGGUCUUGUCCAAAGUGUGAGUCAGUGAGAGGGAACCAACAUUUGCUAAGUCUCUACUGUAUGCCAGGGAUCAUGCUUGGCACUUUCCACAGGACAUUCCACUCAGUCCUUAGAACCCCCAGGAGAGAGCUACUGGCUUGUUACCAUCCCCAUUUGAUCAUCUCCUCCAAUGAGGAAACCCAGGCGCCUUCCUCAGUGAUGAAAUCCUGGGUUCCAAAGGGGCAGGUAAUGGCAGUGAGACUUCUCUGUGCUGUUUUUCUCAUGUUCUCUAAGUCAAGCAAUUAUUUUAUGGAGGGAAAAUAAGGCCAGAAACUUCUGAGCAGAGAACUCCUCUACAAAUGGAAAUUUAGUACUUUCUUCCUGAUGCCAGUUCUUCUGGGAAGCCCAGAAUUUCAUAUAUAUUUUAGUAACACAUUCCCAGCUCCCCAGGAAAGCCAGUCUCAUCUAAUUUCUUAGUCAGUAAAAACAAUUCCCUGUUCCCUCAGGCUAUGAAGGGACCAGCCAGGGACACUCUCGAUCUUGAUCUCUAGCCAGUGCUUAGGCCCAGUAUCUGACAGCCUCAGGUGGGCUGGGACUGAGGAAGCUCCAUCUUGAAGGCUGGUCUAGCCCCAGACAGGGCAUGAGGGGCAGAGAACCCAAGAAGGCACAGCUUUGGCCCUCAGGAGCCCACUGUAUGCUGGGGAAAUUGAACCACGGUGCAGUAGUGUGGAGGGGAUGAGUGUUCCAUGAGCCUAGGAGCAAGAAAGUCUCUUUGGCCUAGGGCUUCCUGGAGAAGGGGACAUCCGUUCCUGCUGGGUCUUAACAGGUAGAAAAAGGAAAAAAAGGAAACUCAGGCAAAGGGAUCCAUAUGUGCAAUAGCAAAGAAAUGUGAAAAGGAAUCAGGAGGAGCAGUCCAGGGGAGGCCAGCCCAGUGCAGGCACAGCACAACAGGUGGAGCAGCAGGGAUGAGCCAGGGUCCAGGAGAGAGAGGCCCAUCGCGAGUGCAGACUUUGUCCUAUUGGCAACAAGGAGUCCACGGAGCUUUAGAGAGAUGUACUCAGCUUCGUGUUGGCAAAGACUCCCUCUGACCAAUGGGGCUGCCUCUUUUACUUUCAUCAGACACUGUGAAAACAUUCCCUUAAGUGUGUACUUUUUAAUAUCACAUCUCUUUGUCUGUCUGCUCACUGUUUUGUUGCUGGAACUAAAUAUGCAGUGGAUCAUGAGACUCGGAUUCUAUGAGAAACCCAGGGUCUCUGCUUUACCAUGGAGCAGGGUCACCAACCCAGAUCUCCAGGCCCAUGAGGAUGGAACAUGAAAGGAGCCCACAAAAGUGGCUUCCAUUGACAUGGGCUCUGGAGCUGUCUAGAAGUCCAGGGACACCAGACUUGAUCAAGGAAGGGCUGUCACUUUAGAGGUUCAAAAGGAAGUGCCUCAAAGCAAAGGCAAGCAAAGGAACCCCACGAUGAAUUUGCUCUUUUCCUUUGAUGAGCCUCUCCCCAGGUGUAUUUCAGCAGACCCCGGGGACCCACCCACACUGGGCCUGCUGGCCUCCCUUGGCUCCAGCCCACUGCCCCAGCUGGCCUUCCCCAGCCUGCAAGGAGCGUGGAGCAUGGGAGAUUCACCUGCUGUAGGCUAUUUUCUCAGAUCUUGGUACAUCCAGACAGGAUGAGGGUGGAGGGAGAGCUAUUUAACACAAAUCCUAAGAUUUUUUUUCUGCUCAGGAAGGGGUGUAAUAGCUGGCAGAUAAACAUGACAGCAGUUUCUAUCAUUUUAAAUGGUAGGAAUUUAAAGUGUGACUUCAAGAAGGAAAAAACUUGUAAAAAAAAAAAAUAUAUAUAUAUAUAUAUAUAUAUCAGGCCAUGGUGGGGUAACCCAGCAAGGACUAGUGAUGAUUCCCCCAGCUCAUCCCCUUGUUUUCCCACAACCCAACCAUUCUCCAAAGAAAGCAGGGCAGUGAAUAGGUCUUAAGCCAGUGCACACAGGAAGAAAUUGAGACUCACAGAUGGGGAUGACUUCCUAAGAUCCCAUGGGACAAGGAUGUGGCAAGGCUUGGAUGAGAUGGGGCACCGGUGCCCAGGAAUUUGAAUAUUUUCCUUUACCCAGGAAAUCUCUGGAAUCAACACCACCUCCCCCAGGGGAUCUCCCCACCCCACCCCAUUUACAGGGUGAGCUCAGCCUGUCGUGAGCAGAGGAAAAUAUUAUUAGUGCUCUCUGAGUCUUUACAACAGGAGCUCUUACCUCAUAGAUGUGAACCCUAUUUGGAGAAGAUACAAGGAAGUAAUGAGAAGCCCAGGAACUUUCUCCACUUGUGUGUGUUUAUGGCCUAGAUAGCUACAGGAUGUAUCUUAGCUGCACUCCAACAUUGCAUCCUUUCUGGGGUGAAGAAUCUGGGCCAACCAGGGGCCCUUGGGUCUCUAGAAGGCCACAGUAGGCCUUUGUGGGAAUGGAAAGGGACAGCUUGCUUUUAGUGCUGGCCCUCUCUAUGGGUGUGGCCUGCAAAGGAACCAACAGACCCUAUGCUGGGGACUGUAAUGUGUGAGCUCAUUAAAUUCUUCCAACAUUGUAAAGGAGGGUUUGUGAUUGUCACCAUUUUACUGAUGAGGAAAGUAAGGCUCCUAGGGGAGAAAUCACUUGCCCACAGUUCCAUAGCUAGUGAGUGAAAGAACCAGGAUUUAAACUGGUUUUUUCUCACUACAGAAACUAUUUUUCCACCAUUGUAUCUCACAUUUUUCCCAGGAGGUUAUCCAUAACAGAAGAGACUAGAGUGGAACAGCUAUCUCAGUGGAUACAGCUCAAAGCAAACAACAGUAAGCUUAAAAUUCCUUCAUAGUCUCAUGUUUUACUUUAACAAUUCAUGCAAAAUUUGCAUUCCACUUUCUGAUUUAGCCUGGUUGGUUUUAAUAUGACUGUAUGAAUAUUUCAAAAAAAAAAUGUGCUCUGUUUCUCAUGUUGUUCUGUUCUGUUCACCUCACUAUGACGGACCCUGGGUCAGCUGGUCUUGAGCUUCACCCUAGAAUUGACUCUAGGAGCAGUGACCCUGCUGCCUCCCAGAGCCAAUUAUAGGCAAGAUCAAGACCAACUGACCUUCUCCUAGGCAGCUCCUUUGGUGUGCAGAUGCUCUGACCUCACUGUUCAUGAGUGGACCUCAACUAAGGUAUCUUCCAGUUGGGUGCUGGAAGGAACCCAUUGACUCACACUAGAAUGAUGAGGAUUUGCUCAUCUGGCGUGGAGAAGGAUGAGCCCACAAAACCCUAAAAGGAAAGGAGAGGCUGGACACAGCUGUACUCAGCAGAUUCCUGAAUGCUAGGCUGGAAAGUGGUGCCUGUUGUUCAAGUGGAGUCACAUGGUUGCUAAUGUGGGCAAGUCUGAGGACACACUUCAUGAGCAGCUGGGGUCUGGAAGGCUCCUCGCUUUACCCUGGCCACAUAUACUUACUGGUUGCCUAGAGCACGUAGCACCUUGGAGAGAGCACUAUUAGGAAACCAAGAUUACUGUGGCACAAUUAAUUCCUGGGUAAGGCAUGGGGUUGUGGUAGACAGAGCUCAGUCUUUAGUUUGAAUCCCAACCCUGCCAUUUCUUGGCCAUAGAGUGUUGGGCCAACCAAUUAAUGUAAAGACAUACAUGAAAAAAAGGACCCUCAUUAACAUUAGAAGGGGUAGAUUCAGAGCACUUUAGGCAGGAAAACAGGAAGGCAAGGCCAGGAAACUGGAACCCAAUGAAUACUCAGAACCAAGGAUGCAGAUGACUUAUUUAGCGAAGUGGUCACUUCUGUGACAUAGCUGGACAAAGGAUGGGUAACAGCUUGGCAGAGCCAGUUGGAGCAAGGGCAAAUCUCAGUGUCUGGGGCAAAAGAUGAUGAAUUUCCCUCUGACCCAUCAUGUUUAUUCAUCUUCCACUCCCCAUUGCCACACUAGCUCUUGCUGUAUGUCCUCAGCAGGAUCUACAUUCCCUCGGCGCUGGUGGGAACCCCUUAGAGUACAUAGAGGUGUCAGUCCAGUAAGACUGCUCUACACAACAGAAGUGAGGCCCAGGGAAUAGCAACCAGGCCCUUAUCCUGUUAUGUCUGCAGGAGUGACUACCCUACCCAGAUCCAGAGACACUGAAGGAAAUGAUAAUUCCCUGGUACCUCACUGCCUCGGGACAGAAUGAAGAAAGCCACCCUUCCUUAGGCUGCAGCUGGCCACUGCUGGGCUGGGUAAACAGGUCAUCAGCACCAAGCUAAAUCAGGAGUAACACUAUGGAAGACAUGGGUGAGCCCAAGAGGAAGCAUGAACACGAUACUGGUCCUAAGUCAUGUCAACAGGUUGUGCUGGGCCAGGAUCCCCAGGGGAAAAAAAAAUGGUCAACCCAACUGGAGGGUAGAAGAAAAAAAAACAUAAACAUGGAUAGUCAUGUCAUCUCAAAUCCCUGACUUGCCUUCCUCAUUACUUAACAGUGUGAGCUCCUUCUCACUCUAUGACCAGCUUCGAAUCACAGCCAAGUAAAACAAGGAAAUAGGAAAAGUAAAUCCAACUAGAAGAGACAAGCUGAUAUUCAGAUUUGUUCACUCCUCCCAGGCAAGGGCUCUCUGUUGGAGGUUUUCCAUGUAUACAUGUCUAGAAGUGAUAGAAUGCAAGACCUUGGCUUCCUCUUGCAGGGAUCUGCCUUUGAGGUCAUAGACUGUCUGAACAACAGGGAGACAGGUUAGUGGUGGAGCGUGGGGGGAGCUGUUCUAGCCCCAGUUUCUUCUGACACAUUUUUCAGGAUCAUGGAUCUGAUCCUCAGAAGCACAGGAAAGACAUCUAAGCCAUAUUUGUGCACAUGAGCAGACUCUUCUAGAUUUUUAGUAACUAGGGAUGGGCUUUUGCAUGGCACUGACUAUACAGUUGUCUUGUAGAGAUCAAGCCAGUCUUUUGCAUCCCACCUCCAGAAAAGAUGGGAAAAGGUCAUCAAAGGGGCUACAUUCACCAACUGAAAUCCACCCAUGAAUGUUAGGUCUCUAAAAGGAGGCAUCAGCACUCACAAUGGUAGCCUCCAAACCUAGCAUCCCACCUAUCUAAGAGCUCAGUGGUGGUCCAGUGGGACAGAUACAAGGGAAGUAAAAGGGCUCAGGAUGAAAGAGAAUCUGUUGGGAAUACUUUUAGGGGCUGGAUCGUUACGGGGCUUCCUUCUGUAUCUGAGAACUGCUCUGGGUGGUGGGAUGUGGACUCUGAUCCUUGAUUGGAAUGUUCAGAGAAUGAGUGUCUGGUGGCCUUGAAGUGUUGGACAUAAAAGUAUCAGUAUGAAAGCCUGGAGCUCAGGGUGAUUAAUGAAGUUCAUGGUUCCUUAGUGAGCAGGACUCUUGGAUGUAGAGGAGAAAGGGUCAUAGGAAGUAACCCGCCAAAAUUACAAAUUGAGUCUCUGUACAAUUACUUCAGUGCCUUUGGGUUUAUGAAUACAAAUCAGUGGACCUUCUCUAUGAUGGUCCAACAAACUCUCAGUGCCCACCCUGUCACUGUAUCUCCCAUGGAAGAUGAAUACUGUCAGGUGUUCUUUGGGUCAAAGCCCCCAGGGCAGUCUGGAGGCUCAGAGGGCAAAGUGGUGUCAUUCCAUGUAAAAUCAGGCUUCUGAGGCAUCAGGCAGAAUAUGGUAUCCAUAUACUCCAUAGGUCUGCAGAUUCUUGGAUGAAGUCAAGCACAGUUUGCUAGACCCAGGUCACUCCUCUGAGUAUAACUAGGACCCAUAAGUGAAACUUAAUAGCUGUAAGGAAGACCUGCUGUCUGCCAGAGAGGAUAAGCUGCCCAUCUCGGCAGCUGUCUAAUAAAUGCCAGGUGUCUCUUUAAAGGGAAGAGGAGCAUUGCUGAAAUGGAUUUCAGGUCACUUCCAUUCUAGAUGGGUGAGAUUUUGUGGAGCUGGGAUCACAUUUGAACUCAUUCAUACCUGUAGAGCACAAAUCCAAGUAGAGUGUGUUUGGUCUGUACAGGUUGAAGCCUCCUGCUCCCCCAUCCAAGUCUCCUCACUGAGCAGGCCAACAUGCUGUUGUGGCUGCAUAUACUGGGCUGAUCCAUUCUGGUUAUCACCAAACAGCAAACCAUAGGGAACAGCCGCUUUGCCAUAGACCCAAUACCCAUGUAGAUCUCUGAUGAGAGCAGCCAUAACUCAGACCCACUGACCAACAGGGCCAUGAGUGACAGCCAGAACCAGUGAAGGUCCAAGCAGGACACAGACCAGGGCUUUGCUUGCCAUAUACAUUAUCUCCAGAGGUUAUUUCUACCCCACUCCCUAUUCAAGGCCUGUUGGAGCAGAUUGCAAAAGCAAAAGCACAGUAACUCAAUUUACACAUGAUUACAAUCAUUUCCAGUGCACACAUUUCAUCACCAGGUGGAUCCUGAGCUAGCCCAUGUAAAUCCAGGUUAACCCACAUUGGUAAUCAGACUCAAAAGCACUUUUCACCCUACAUUCUACUAGCCAAUCAAAGACAAAGAGUUGUGGCCUCUACCAUUGCCUUGGCUUCUGAACACCCUCACAGGCUAUCCCAAGGUUCCCGCUCAACUCCAGGGAGGCUGACAUCUUCACAUCCACUGGGCAUAUGAUAUUGCAUGAGACCAAAGUCUCCACAUUGUUUGCAGCCUCCUCCAUGAAUCCCAAUGGCCUGCACUUGUACAGUUUGGGUAUUUGAUAGAUAAAGCACGUAUGAGAAGAGAAAACAAAAUAAAUCAACUUUUUAAAAAAGCCAGCACUGUGCUGUCAAUGUUUUUUUUUUCUUUUCAAUUCUAGCUUAUAAAAGCAGAAGGUAAAUAAUGUCAGGUCAAUGAAUAUCAGAUAUAUUUUUUGACUGUACAUUACAGUGAAGUGUAAUCUUUUUACACCUGCAAGUCCAUCUUAUUUAUUCUUGUAAAUGUUCCCUGACAAUGUUUGUAAUAUGGCUGUGUUAAAAAAUCUAUACAAUAAAGCUGUGACCCUGAGAUUCAUGUUUUCCUAAGAUA